CCCCAGACCCCCGGGGCACACGUCCUGAACGAGAACGUUUUUAAAAUGGACGAAGUAUCUUGACAGCAGCGCAGGAGCAGUAUCCUACCUCAUAUCUAACAGAUUUUUAGCUUUAAAUCUUGGUUCAAAGCAUCCUUUGACACCGUGGGAUAAAGACAAUAUAAUGUCUUUGUUAAAAAAAGUGAAUGCCUUGGCUAAACUCCAACAAGAAAGCCCACUAAAAGCUCUUCAAGAUCAAGUUUCAUCCCUCACGCAACAGGUUAAUGAGUUCCGUGAGCACCUCGUCACAAGUUCUAUAUCAUCCCCAGAAAGAAGUAGGAAUUUCAAAAAGUGUAGCAGACUUAAGGCUGAGAUAGAUUCCCUGAUAAAUCAAGUAAAACUUCUAUCAAAGUCACAAAUUCAGAACAUCUCCAAGCAACUUGAACCAGAUGAAGUGGAAGAAGAUUAUUUCAGGAAAGUCCAAAGCAAUGGUGUUGAAGGAUCAACAAGUGAUUUGUUAUCAUAUGAAGAGAAAGAUGCUGGAGAUGAUGAUGGGGAGGAGGAGGAAGAGGAAGGAGAAUAUGAUGGGGAAGAGGAAAGUGAGGAAGAUUCUGAUGGUGAAGACAGUGAUGAGGACACAUGGACUGAACAACCUGUAAACACAAUAAUGGUUAAGCACGUAGAAGCAUUGAGUGAUUUCCCAGGUGAACAGCCAGAUGACCUACCCUUUAGAAAAGGAGAAAUACUUAAGAUCCUUGAUCCAAGGGAGGAUGGCUGGUGGGUAGCAGAAAAUUCAUCAGGCAAAAGAGGAAUCAUACCAAAAACAUUGAUAAAGAUUAUUGAUGCCUCUGUACCAACAGUAACAAAACAGGCUGGUGAACUUUCAAAAGAAGAGUCUGAUGAAGUUCCAGACUUGCCAAGUCCAAGGAGAGAUGGAAAAGAAUUGUGGAAAUCCUUACAAAGAGGUUCCAAACAAGAGACAAGCGUUACCGAUGUACUCAAGGCUUUGGGUGCCAUGCCAUCUGGUUUUCGCUCAUCUACCUUGGGGAAAUUAACUAAAGAUGAACGCUGUCAAGUUAGUUCAUGGGUGGUACCAAAACUAAGGCCAUCACAACUUGGGUUUAGAGAUUUAGUUUGGGACCCAGUUCAUAAGCAGCUUACCCUGAUGCCAGUCAAAGUGAACAGAGUAUUUACUGUUGUAGUUGCUCGCAAGAUUCCAUUACCAGGGACAGGUGUUGAAGUAACAAGCAGACAAGUAAGAAUGUCCUUGUGGGAUUGGAAGCGUAAACAAAUUCUCAGUAAUGUACAUAGCGUGCGGGCCGUUCAAAGCGACAAAGAUCCUUUAUGCUGGACCUUUACUGCAAAGGCUGGUUCAAGUAUGUACGAUGGAGAAUGUUUAGCGCGUUUAGAUACUACAGAAGAUACAAUAGGUAUUUUGAUUGAAUUAAGCAUUUCAUAUGUAAGAACGUCGACAGGAGAAAGAAGCGAAGUUAGUUGUGGCUGGUGUUUAUUAAAGUUAUUUGAAGAGACAGGAGUGCCGGCUUCUAACAAAAACUACGAAUUGCUGGUCAAUGGUGGUACACCCUUUGAAGAGAAUCGCAUAGGUUUGGAUGACUCCAUCAGUGUCAAAGAGAGUGCGAAUCGAUUGCAGUCCAUUAUCCACACCAAUCAACAGCCACGACUUGUCGUUAAACUGACGUCAUAUAACAAAGCAACCAAAGACUUGCAUGAUGCUCUACCUCAGACCUUGUUGACGUGCCAUCAAUACGUGCAGUUUAUAGCUCAGUACAGACAACUAACAGCAGAAACAUUGCUUAGUGAAGGCACAGAUCCUUACACAGCAGAGCUGAUAGCAGAUCCCGUCAUCUCGACGUUUCCUUCUGUUCUACGUACUCCUGAUAUAAUGGAUGCACUAAAGAAACGUUGGGAUGAAAGAAAUAAAAGAGAAUUGAAGCGAUCUCAAAGGCGAGUUGCAUCAGUCAUGAAGAACUUUUUUCGCGAGGUUUACAUGGAUAGUGUGUAUCCUCUUAUUAACACCGCUCAAUUGCCGCCCUUCAUAUGGGGCGACUCACAGAGAGAAAUGGAGCGUCUUCGAGUAAUUCUAGACUUCGGUGCUCAUCCAACCCUCGAGAAUCUGUUUUCCAACGAACGUCUUCACAAACCCUUCAACAUCGACAGAAUCACAUUCAACGUGGUAUCCAAGUACACUAUUAUGUAAAUUAAACACAAAGAUAAUAAGAAUCUGAUAGACAGUGUUUUUUAGCAUUUUAAACCACACAUUUUAAUCUCCAGCUUUAGAUGGUUGAAAAGUUUUAAUAUUUAUGGGAUUGUGUAGAUUGAAAAUUGUACAAUAAGUAUAUCUUA